AUGGGCGCCGCGCGCCUCCCGGUGCUCCCGGUGCUGCUGCUGCUGCUGCUGCCCGCGCCGGGACCCGGCACCGCCACCGCCCCCUGCGCGCCCGCAGCGCCCCUGCCGCUCCUGCGGCCCCGCGCCGGCACCGGGGACAGCGGCAGCUCCGCCGGCGGCACCGGGGACAGCGGCGGCGCCACCGCGCUCAGCACCGGCUGCGGCGGCGCUACCGGAGGGGAGCGAGGCGUCGGCAGCGCCGGAGCCGGGCAAGGCCGCGCAGGCAGCGGGGGCGCUGGAAGCACCGGAGGCACCGGAGGCCCCGGGAGCACCGGAGACGCUGUGGAUGCCGGAGGCACCGGGAGCACCGGUGGCGCUGGGAGGACUCAAGUCCUCCAGGACCCCGCUGGCACCGGGAAUACUGGGCCUAAUGGGGACACCGGGAACGCCGACACCCCCGUGGGCACCGGGGGUGUGAUGGACGCCUGGGAUAUUGGGGGCACUGUGGAUACUGGGAGCGCUCCAGUCCCCAGGGACCCCGGGAAGACCGCAGGCACCGGGGCCAUGGGGGACCCCAACCCCACGGGGCCCCGCCGGCGCCGCAGCCCCAACACGGCGCCGCAGUUCCAGCCCUCCAGCUACCAGGCAUCGGUGGAGGAGAACCGGCCGUCGGGAACGCCGGUGCUGCGGGUGUCGGCGCUGGACCCGGACCCGGGUGAUGCGGGUCGGCUGCGCUACGCCAUGGCCGCCCUGUUCGACAGCCGCUCCGACGGGCUCUUCGCCAUGGACCCCGUCACCGGCGCCAUCGCCACGGCCGCGCCGCUGGACCGCGAGAGCAAGAGCACGCACGUGUUCCGAGUGACGGCCACGGACCACGGCGCGCCGCGGCGCAGCGCCAUGGCCACGGUGACGGUGACGGUGACCGACACCAACGACCACGACCCGGCCUUCGAGCAGGCCGAGUACCGGGAGAGCGUGCGGGAGAACCUGGAGGUGGGCUACGAGGUGCUGACGGUGCGCGCCACCGACGGCGACACCGGCCCCAACGCCAACAUCCUUUACCGGCUCCUCAACGGCGCCGGCGUCAACGAGGUCUUUGAGAUCGACCCCCGCUCCGGUGUCAUCCGCACCCGCGGCCCCGUGGACCGCGAGGCUGUGGAAGCCUUCGAGCUGCUGGUGGAGGCGGCGGAUCAGGGCCAGGAGCCGGGGCCCCGCAGCGCCACGGCCACGGUGCGCAUCGCGGUGGAGGACGACAACGACAACGCGCCGCAGUUCAGCGAGAAGCGCUACGUGGCGCAGGUCCCCGAGGACACGGCGCCCACGGCGGCCGUGCUGCGGGUGACGGCCACCGACCGCGACAAGGGCAGCAACGCGCUGGUGACCUACAGCAUCGUCAGCGGCAACACCCGCGGCCACUUCUACAUCGACGCGCAGACGGGGGCCCUGGACGUGGUGACCCCCCUGGACUACGAGGCCAGCAAGGAGUUCACCCUGCGCAUCCGGGCGCAGGACGGCGGCCGCCCGCCCCUCUCCAACAUCAGCGGCUUGGUCACGGUGCAGGUGCUGGACGUCAAUGACAACGCCCCCAUCUUCGUCAGCACCCCGUUCCAGGCCACCGUGCUGGAGAACGUGCCCCUGGGCUACUCCGUCCUCCACGUCCAAGCCAUCGACGCCGAUUCGGGGGACAACGGCCGCUUGGUUUACACCCUCCUGGAGACCGGCGCCGGCUUCCCCUUCGCCAUCAACAACGGCACCGGGUGGAUCGUGGUGGCCUCCGAGCUGGACCGGGAGGCCGUGGACUUCUACAGCUUCGGGGUGGAGGCGCAGGACCAGGGGAACCCCCCCAUGGCGUCCUCGGCCAGCGUCACCGUCACCGUGCUGGACGUCAACGACAACAGCCCCGAGUUCACGCAGCGGGAGUACGGCGCCCGCCUGAACGAGGACGCGGCCGUGGGCAGCAGCGUCCUCACCGUGUCGGCCGUGGACCGCGACGCCAACAGCGUCAUCACCUACCAGAUCGCCAGCGGCAACACCCGCAACCGCUUCUCCAUCACCAGCCAGAGCGGCGGCGGGCUCAUCUCGCUCGCCCUGCCCCUGGACUACAAGCUGGAGCGGCAGUACCUGCUGACCAUCGCCGCCUCGGACGGCACGCGCCACGACACGGCGCACGUGGUCGUCAACGUCACCGACGCCAACACGCACCGGCCCGUCUUCCAGAGCUCCCACUACACCGUCAACGUCAACGAGGACCGGCCGGUGGGCACCACGGUGGUGGUGAUCAGCGCCACGGAUGAGGACACGGGGGAGAACGCCCGCAUCACCUACCUGAUGGAAGACAGCAUCCCCCAGUUCCGCAUCGCCGCCGACACGGGCGCCGUCACCACCCAGAUGGAGCUGGACUACGAGGACCAGGUCUCCUACACCUUGGCCAUCACGGCGCGGGACAACGGCAUCCCGCAGAAGUCCGACACCACGUACCUGGAGAUCCUGGUGAGCGACGUCAACGACAACGCGCCCCGGUUCCUGCGCGACUCCUACCAGGGCUCCGUCUACGAGGACGUCCCCGCCUUCACCAGCGUCCUCCAGGUCUCGGCCACCGACCGCGACUCGGGCCUCAACGGCCGCGUCUUCUACACCUUCCAAGGUGGGGACGACGGCGACGGCGACUUCAUCAUCGAGUCCACCUCGGGCAUCGUGCGCACCUUGCGCCGCUUGGACCGCGAGAACGUGCCGCUGUACGCGCUGCGGGCCUUCGCCGUCGACAAGGGGGUGCCGGCGCGGCGGACGCCGGUCGCCAUCCAGGUGACGGUGCUGGACGUCAACGACAACCCGCCCGUCUUCGAGCGCGACGAGUUCGACGUCUUCGUGGACGAGAACAGCCCCAUCGGGCUGGUGGUGGCGCGCAUCACGGCCAGCGACCCCGACGAGGGCUCCAACGCGCAGAUCAUGUACCAGAUCGUGGAGGGCAACAUCCCCGAGGUCUUCCAGCUGGAUAUCUUCUCCGGGGAGCUCACCGCCUUGGCCGACCUGGACUACGAGACCAAAGCCGAGUACGUGAUGGUGGUGCAGGCCACGUCGGCGCCGCUGGUCAGCAGGGCCACGGUCCACGUGCGCCUCCGCGACGCCAACGACAACAGCCCCCAGCUGAAGAACUUCGAGAUCCUCUUCAAUAACUACAUCACCAACCGCUCCGGGAGCUUCCCCGGGGGGGUCAUCGGCCGCAUCCCCGCCCACGACCCCGACGUCUCCGACAGCCUCACCUACGCCUUCGAGCAGGGCAAUGAGCUCAACCUCGUGCUGCUGGACCCGCGCACCGGGGACCUGCGCCUCAGCCCGGCCCUGGACAGCAACCGCCCCCUCGAGGCCGUCAUGAGGGUCUCUGUCUCGGACGGCAUCCACAGCGCCGCGGCGCAGUGCACGCUGCGGGUGACGGUGAUCACGGACGAGAUGCUCAGCAACAGCAUCACCCUGCGCCUGGCCGACAUGUCCCAGGAGCGCUUCCUCUCGCCGCUGCUCAGCCGCUUCCUGGACGGCGUGGCGGCCGUGCUGGCCACCCCGCGCCACCGCGUCGUCCUCUUCAACAUCCAGGCCGACACCGACGUGGGCAGCGCCCGCAUCCUCAACGUCAGCCUCUCGGUGCUGCUGCCGCCGGCCCCGCCGCCCGCCGCCCGCUUCUUCUCCUCGGAGGAGCUGCAGGAGCGGCUCUACCUCAACCGCUCGCUGCUGGCCUCCCUCUCGGCGCAGCGCGUCCUGCCCUUCGACGACAACAUCUGCCUGCGCGAGCCCUGCGAGAACUACAUGCGCUGCGUGUCCGUGCUGCAGUUCGACAGCUCCGCGCCCUUCCUGGCCUCCGACACCAUCCUCUUCCGCCCCAUCCACCCCGUGACGGGGCUGCGCUGCCGCUGCCCGCCCGGCUUCACCGGCGACUACUGCGAGACCGAGAUCGACCUCUGCUACUCCAGCCCCUGCGGCGGGCACGGGCGCUGCCGCAGCCGCGAGGGCGGCUUCACCUGCGAGUGCCACGAGGACUUCACCGGGGAGCGCUGUGAGCUCUCGGCCCGGGGGGGCCGCUGCACGCCGGGGGUCUGCCGCAACGGGGGCACCUGCCUCAACCUGCUGCUGGGGGGGUUCCGCUGCCAGUGCCCCCCCGGGCACUACGAGAAGCCCUUUUGCACCAUGAGCACCCGCAGCUUCCCCCCCCGCUCCUUCCUCACCUUCCGUGGCCUGCGCCAGCGCUUCCACUUCACCCUCGCCCUCACGUUCGCCACGAGGGAGCGGGACGGGCUCCUGCUCUACAACGGGCGCUUCAAUGAGAAGCACGACUUCGUGGCGCUGGAGAUCGUGAGCGAGCAGCUGCAGUUCACCUUCUCGGCAGGUGAAGCCACCACCACCGUGUCCCCAUUCGUGCCGGGAGGCGUCAGCGAUGGGCAGUGGCACCGCGUCCAGCUCCACUACUACAACAAGCCGGUGCUGGGCCGCUCGGGGCUGCCGCAGGGCCCCUCGGAGCAGAAGGUGGCCGUGGUGACCGUGGAUGAGUGCGACACGGGGCUGGCGCUGCGCUUCGGAGCCCGGCUCGGCAACUACAGCUGCGCCGCGCAGGGCACCCAGAACGGCACCAAGAAGUCGCUGGACCUGACGGGGCCGCUGCUGCUGGGGGGGGUGCCCACCCUGCCCGAGAGCUUCCCCAUCCGCAGCCGCCACUUCGUGGGGUGCAUGCGGCACCUGCACAUCGACCAGCGCCCCGUGGACAUGGCGGCCUUCAUCGCCAACAACGGCACCCUGCCCGGGUGCCCAGCCAAGAGGCCGCUGUGUGACAGCGACACCUGCCACAACGGGGGCACCUGCGAGCAGGACUGGGACAGCUUCAGGUGCCGCUGCCCCGCGGGCUUCGGGGGCAGGACCUGCCAGGAAGCCGUGGGCGCCCCGCAGCGCUUCGAGGGCCGCAGCCACGUGUCCUGGGCGGGGCUGGCGCUGCCCCUGGCCCUGCCCUGGCGCAUGCGCGUCCAGCUCCGCACCCGGCACCCGCGCGGGCUCCUCCUGCGGGCGGCGGCGCCGCCGCUCAGCGUCAGCGUGGAGCUGGCCGAGGGCCGGCCCGAGGCCGGGCUGUGGCAGGGGGGGGCCCCCCUGGCCCGGCUGCGGCUGCCGCAGGCGUGGGUCAGCGAUGGGCACUGGCACGAGGUGGAGCUGGGGCUGGAGCCAGGGGGGGCCCCGGGGCCCCCCCGCCUGCGCCUGGGCUGCGACUACGGCCGGUACCAGGCUGUGACCAACGUGUCCCUGGAGCUGGGGGAGCUGCAGCUGCAGACCCUGAGCAUGGGGGGGCUGCCGGGUGAUGGGGGCACCGUGGAGCAGGGCUUCCGCGGCUGCAUGCAGGGCCUGCAUCUGGGCGAGGCGGGUGCUGGGGCACUGCACGUGGCCGCGGUGUCGCGGGUGGCUGUGACUGCGGGCUGUGACCUCCCGGACCCCUGCGCCGGGGGGCCCUGUCCCCCCCACAGCGACUGCGCCGGCCAUGGGGACACCGUCACCUGCCGCUGCCACCCGGGGCACUUUGGGGACAGCUGUGUCAGUGCCUGUGCCCUCAACCCCUGCCACCCCCCGGCCACCUGCGCCCCCCAGCCCGGCUCCGUGCACGGCUACGCCUGCCUCUGCCCCCAGGGCCGCUUCGGGCCCUACUGCGAGCACAGGGAGGCUCCGCCGUGCCCUCGGGGCUGGUGGGGGCACCCCACGUGCGGGCCCUGCAACUGCGACAGCGCCAAAGGCUUCGACCCCGACUGCAACAAGACCACGGGCGAGUGCCGCUGCAAGGAGAACCACUACCGCCCGGCGGGCAGCGGCUCCUGCCUGCUCUGCGACUGUUACCCCACCGGCUCCCUGUCGCGACGCUGCGAUAGCGCCACGGGGCAGUGCCCCUGCAAGGCCGGGGUCAUCGGGCGCCAUUGCGACCGCUGCGACAACCCCUUCGCCGAGGUGACGGCCGGCGGCUGCGAAGUGAACUACGACAGCUGCCCCCGGGCCAUCGAGAGCAGCAUCUGGUGGCCACGGACCCGCUUUGGGUUGCCCGCGGCUGCCCCCUGCCCCAGGGGGGCUGUGGGGACGGCGCUGCGGCACUGCGACGAGCACAGGGGGUGGCUGCCCCCCAACCUCUUCAACUGCAGCUCCCUCGCCUUCGCCCCCCUGCGCGCAUGGGCUCAGCGCUUGGCCCUGAACGGCUCCCGCCUGGACCCGGCGCAGUCCCGGCGCGUUGCGCGGCAGCUGCACGAGGCCACGCGCGGCUCCGGGCUCGGCUUCCCCAGCGACCUGCGCCUGGUCUACGGCCUGGCCACGCGGCUGCUGCGCCACGAGAGCGCCCAGCGCGGCUUCCGCCUGGCGGCCACGCAGGACGUGCACUUCACCGAGAACCUGCUGCGGGUGGGCAGCGCGCUGCUGGACAGCAGCACCAAGCGGCACUGGGAGCUGAUCCAGCAGACGGAGGGCGGCACGGCCUGGCUGCUCAAGCACUUCGAGGACUACGCCAGCGCCCUGGCGCAGAACAUGCCCCAGACCUACCUGAGCCCCUUCACCAUCGUCACCCCCAACAUCGUGGUGUCCGUGGUGCGGUUGGACAAAGGCAGCUCCGCGGGCGCUCGGCUGCCGCGCUACGAGGCGCUGCGGGGGGAGAAGCCACCGGACCUGGAGACCAGCGUCAUCCUGCCCGAGAGCGUGUUCCGGGCCCCCCGCGGCCGGCAGCCCUCGGCUGGGCAGGAGCGGGCACCGCAGGGCACGGGCGGGCGGCAGCAGCAGCAGCAGCAGCAGGAGGGGGAUGAAGAGGAUGAGGAUGGAGACGAUGAUGACGAGGAUGAGGAGGGUGAGGAGGAAAAGGCUCCCCUGGUGACCCGGCGCAAGCGGCACCCGGCCCCGGGCGAGGGUCAGGCCAUCGCCAGCGUCAUCAUCUACCGCACACUGGCGGGGCUGCUGCCCGAGCAGUACGACACCGACAAGCGCAGCCUCAGGGUGCCGAAGCGCCCGGUGAUCAACACGCCGGUGGUGAGCAUCAGCGUGCACGCGGGGGGCGCGCGGGCGCCGCGGGCGCUGGAGGAGCCCAUCACCCUGCAGUUCCGGCUGCUCGAGACCCAGGAGCGCUCCAAACCCAUCUGCGUGUUCUGGAACCAUUCCCUGCUGGCGGGUGCCGCGGGCGGUUGGUCGGCGCGGGGCUGUGAGGUCGUGUUCCGCAACCGGAGCCACGUGAGCUGCCAGUGCCAUCACCUGACCAGCUUCGCCGUGCUCAUGGACAUCUCCCGCCGCGAGAACGGGGAGAUCCUGCCGCUGUCGGCGCUGACCUACGGCUCGCUGGCCGUGGGGCUGGCGGGGCUGCUGCUGGCGGUGCUGGCGCUGGGCGGGCCGCGGGCGCCGCGCUCCAACCGGCACAGCAUCCGCCGGCACGCGGCCGCCGCGCUGCUGCUGGCCCAGCUCGUCUUCCUGCUCGGCAUCAACCAGGCCGACAGCCCGCUGGCGUGCACGGUGGUCGCCAUCCUGCUGCAGUUCCUGUACCUGAGCGCCGUGGGGUGGGCGCUGCUCGAGGGGCUGCACCUCUACCGGCGCCGCAGCGAGCCCCGGCACGUCGACCGCGGGCCCAUGCGCUUCUACCACGUGCUGGGCUGGGGGCUGCCCGCCUUCAUCACCGGGCUGGCCGUGGGGCUGGACCCCCAGGGCUACGGGAACCCCGACUUCUGCUGGCUCUCCAUCCACGACAGCCUGGUCUGGAGCCUGGCCGGGCCCAUCGCCUGCGCCGUGGCCGUCAGCAUCUUCUUCCUCGUGUUGGCAGCCAGGGCCACUUGUGCCACCCCACAGGGCUUUGAGAAGAAGGGCACCGCCUCCGCGCUCCGCACGGCCGUGGUGCUGCUGGCCCUGCCCAGCCUCGCCUGGCUCCUGGCGCUGCUCUCGGUGAACAGCGAUGCGCUGCUCUUCCAUUACCUGUUCGCCAUCAACAACUGCCUCCAGGGCCCCCUCGUGUUCCUAUUCUGCGUGGUGCUGAGCAAGGAGGUGCGGAGGAGCCUGCGCCUGAGCUGCUCCCGCCGGCGCAGCCCCGACCCGGCGCUGGCCACCAAAUCCACCCUCACCGCGGCCUAUGGCGGGGACAGCACCUACGUGGCCGGGCGGCUCUACCCGGUGCCCGGCGGCGGCUCCAGCGGGUCCCUGCACAGCACCGCGAAGAGCCAGCACAGCUACAUCCCUUCGUGUGCCG